GUAAGAGUGAGGCAAACCUAGGCAGAAGGGUAGAGGCAGGAGGAACGGGAGGAAAGAGGGACGUGCUCUUAGGAUGGGAGGACUGGGAAAGUAAAGGAAUACAGAAAAGUUUCACGAGAUGGGAAGUUAAGUCUUUAAACCACUGAAGAAGGAGAAGAAGAGGAAGAAGUAGAAGAAGGAGAAGGAGAGAUGUGGUGAUUAGCUUAAAGACGGAAAAGAAAAAGUAGGGGAGCUAGGUGUGUGUUUUGAGAAAGUUGGGGGUGUUUGCAAGUGAACAAAGGGGAGCUGGCGAGAGGGGGGGCGGAGGCAGGAAAACGGGGAGUCCACAUGUGCGAGAGAGGUGUUUUCAUAAAGCGUAGGAAAAGGAGCCGAGGGGGCCAGAGUGUAUCCUUCCCUCCGUCCCUGUAGCGGGGCUGAACGAGAGCCAGGAAAAGGGGAAGGGCCUCGGUCUCCUCCUCUCCAGCUGACAAAAACAGCUGCCCGGAGGGAGCCCGGAGCCCGGAGCCGGAGCCAGAGCCCGUCCACAGAACGAGGGGAAGAAGAAGAAGACACAGAAGGACCAGAGGAGGAGGAGGAGGAAGAGGAGGGAGGAAAACAUCUCCAGAUCCAGGACCCCGUCCUCCUAUAUGGGUUGCGUCCUGAGCUCGGACUGGUGUGGGGAGGGAGAGGUGCAACCGGUGCUGGUGGUCAGGAACCCGUCUGUGAAGAGAAGGAGUCUGGAGAGGAGCGAGAGUGGAAGGAUGAGGCUGACAAAGGCGGGGAAGGGAGAGCCCCACGUCUUCAAGGAGAAGACGUUCAAGAAGAAGCGGCAGUGCAGCGUGUGUCGGCAGAACGUCGACAACGUGGGGUCCUUCUGCAGAGUAUGCAAAACAGCCACCCACAGGAAGUGCGAGGCCAAGGUGACCUCUGCGUGCAUCCCGGCUCCUUCCAACGAUCUGCAGCGUAGAGGGACCACUCCUUCCCGACACGUCCAGCACAUGGGAUCCACCAAGUCUUUAACCUACACCAAACAGAGAAACACGUUGCCCAGGAGCUUCAGCGUGGACCGCGUCAUGGACCGAGUGAUGGAGCGCCACUACGACUUCGACCUGACCUACAUCACCGAGCGGAUCAUCUCCGUCUUCUUCCCCCCGAAGCUGGAGGAGCAGAGGUACCGGCUCAACCUGAAGGAGGUGGCCGCCAUGCUCAAGUCCAAGCACCAGGACAAGUUUCUGCUCCUGAAUCUUUCAGAAAGACGCCACGAUAUCACCCGACUCAAUCCAAAGGUUCAUGACUUUGGCUGGCCCGACCUCCACGCCCCGCCGCUGGAUAAGAUCUGCGCCAUAUGUAAGGCCAUGGAGAACUGGCUGACCUCCGACCCCCAGCACGUGGUGGUCCUGCACUGCAAGGGCAACAAAGGUAAAACAGGGGUGAUUAUUGCAGCCUACAUGCACUACAGCAAGAUCUCUGCAGGGGCGGACCAGGCUCUCAGUACUCUGGCCAUGAGGAAGUUCUGCGAAGAUAAGGUGUCCACUUCCCUCCAGCCGUCCCAGAACAGGUACAUCUAUUACUUCGGGGGUCUCCUCUCCGGCGCCAUCAAGAUGAACAGCAGUCCUCUCUUCCUCCACCAGGUUCUCAUCCCGUCGCUGCCCAACUUCCAGGGUGCAGGAGGCUACUACCCCUUCCUGAAGAUCUACCAGUCCAUGCAGUUGGUCUACACCUCAGGCAUAUAUGACCUUCAAGGAACGGGAGGCAGGCGGCUGAGCGUGACCAUUGAACCGGCGCUGCUGUUAAAGGGUGACAUCAUGGUCAAAUGCUACCACAGGCGAGCCCAGAGCGCCGACCGAGACGUGGUGUUCAGGCUGCAGUUCCACACCUGCACCAUCCACGGAUCCCAGCUGUGGUUCGGCAAAGGGGAGCUGGACGAAGCUUGCACAGAUGAGCGUUUUCCUUCUGAUGCCACCGUGGAGUUUGUCUUCUCCUCUGGACCUGAGAAGAUCAAAGGUCGUGAAUACCAGAAGAACGACCCGGCCGUCACGGUCGACUACAACACUGCCGACCCAGUGGUUCGCUGGGACUCCUACGAGAACUUUAACCAGCGGUACCAGGACAGCCUGGAGGAUAUUGCCCACACCAGAGGUCCUGUCGAUGGGAGUCUCUACGCUCAGAUAAAGAAACGCCGCGGUGCCGGCUCCGGUUCUGUCUCCUCGACCAACGGCAGCAGUCCGGGGGCGGGCCUCUCAGAAGACAGGCCCGACCACUUGAUGUCUCAGUGUUCCGACUCUGUCCUCUCGGGCCAUUCCCACCACCUGAACCAGUCGUCCCUCCUCCCCCCCGACCGCCAGGACGAGACCGUCCGCCCGCCGCCGCCGACCAGACAAGAGAGGGAGGAUCUGGAGCGUCUCCUCGGCGGCAUCGAGGGCAGCAGAGACGGCGAGAGGGAGACCGCCAUCUUGGAUGACGGGGACUCUUUGCCCUCGGAGAGGACGGGGACGCUGGGGCUCAGCCGGUCGUGCUCCUGCCGCGACGGGUACCGGUCCCAGCGCUGUGCCGAGCCCGGCUGCGACCGCACGCUCCUCAUGCCCAACGGUUACUGCCUGGACCGGGCUCCGGGCACCAACGGGCACCACGGGGCCACCCCCGCCGCCAGCCCCAAUCCGGCCGCUCCCCCGUCCCACGUGGAUCUGUGCCAACACUACAGCCCCCACUCCCACCAGUCCCUCCCGCCUCCGGACCUGGUCUGGGACCGUCAGAGCGGCCCGCCCCACUACCUGCACCGCUCCUGCUCAGAGGCUCCCUCGUCUCGACACAUCUGCCCGUACCCCUCGCCGGAUCUAACCCCCCACAACCACCCGCACCACCACCCGCUGUCUUCCCCCGGCCGCCUCUGCUGUCGGGACGACGACUUCCCGACCUACCACCACCCUCCUCCGCCGCCGCACGGCCACCAUCACCCCCACCCGCACCACCCGAAACCCUCCACCAGCCCCACCUACCACGACAUAAUGGUGAUCGACGGUCUGCCGCCUCCCGGCUGCCCCUGCAGGGACUGCAGCAUCCGGAGGGAGGACUCGGCAGCUUAUCACGGCCUGAGGCUGGACCGCGGAGACAGCUUCCACUGGGACAGAGAGGCAGAGCUCCAGCAGAGAGAGGUGGUGGGCCUGAGGAGGGCCAGGGAGGCCGAGCUACCCCGGGGCUCGGAGCUCCACUGGGAGAGGGAUCCCGGGCUGAGACGAGGCAGAGAGCUCUCCCUCCACUGGGAGCGAGACCGGGAGGCUGAGCUGCAGUGGGAGAGGGACAGGGAGGCCGAAUACUGGCACAGGAGGGCGACCGUGGCCACCUACGGCCCCCAGGGGCACGACCUCCCGGCCUUCACCUUCGACCCCUUACCGUCCGGUCACCCCGCCUACCCGGAGGCCUCCAGGUCCCACGCCCACUCGCACCUGGACCUCAAGUACAGCAGCAGCAGCAGCGGCUACCAGACGCCGCGCCAGGCGUGCCCCUGCUCCCCUUACCAGCCCUCGCCGUCCGAGAGCAGGGGCUACGCCUCGGGCUACCAGUCCGAGUCCACGUCCCCGCUGCCGCCCGCCUCCUCCAUGACGGGGCCCUGCGGCCAUAGCAACGGGCCGGGAGAGCACAACCACCACCAUCACCACCACCACCACCAUCCAGACUCUCAGCAGUCGUACAGCUCCGACUCACACACCGAGGGCCUUCGUAGCUCUGGUGAAAGCGUGGGCUGGAGGGAUCACAUUACCCACGGUUCCUUCAGGAGAGUCCACAGAGACGCUCACGGCGCGUGCUCCACGCCGUCCGACAUGUCCGGGCCGCCCACUCCCGUCCACACCAGCAGCCCCCUGCGCACACAGGAAAGCCCCAGUCCAGGCAGAGAGUACGACAUCCGGACCACGGACAUCAUCGGCAGCGACUACGAGCCGCCCCAGCCCCAGGAUGGACAAUACCGAAACAACAACAACAACAUCGCUCAGGAACCUCCCAAAACCCAGAGUAGCAGCUCAGAGCCCCUUCAGCCGGUCGCCAAGGACACACAGUCACAACCAGACGCCCCCAACCACUGCACUGCACCGACAGACCCGCCCCCCACCGGCCCCCAACAGCAGCACUGUAGCCCGGAUACAGGUGUGACACCAGCCACGUUAAACCAGGGACACUGCCAGGCUCCUUCCUCCCCCGUACCAGAGGCACAAGCCCGACCUCUCGCUCUCCAGACCCUCAGUCCAUCAGAAGCGGCGCCCCAGACCCAGACCCAGACCCAGACCCAGACCCAGGCGUCUGUACCACCAGCUUCCCCCCAAGUCACCGGAUCGUCACCAACUAGGGAAUCUCACCCCGAAGCCCCCAAACCCAACACCACUACUGCACCAGCCCCCAGCAGCAUGGAGAGCUCCCCCGUGUCUGAUACUCCAGUUCCUGGCUUUGCCACUCUGGGCAGGAGGUUGAUGUUGAGCGGAUCAGACCCCCACCACCCCAAUCACCACCAGCAGCAGCAGCAGCAGCAGCAGCAGCAAGGCCCCCCUCAGCACCACUACCCGGCCCCCGUGGAUCACAGCGCUGCUCUGGACAAUAACAAGAGGCACUGCUUCUCUGGGCCGAGCCCGCAACCCCACCCAGCCCAACCCCACACCAACUACUCCACCAUCUCCAUCCCCCUUCCACACCCUCAGCCCCCUUUGCCAGAGAAGCGCCACGCGCCCACCCAGCCGGGUUCCCCCAGUGAUGCCGUGAGGCCAGCCUCCUCCACCACCAACACCACCAACAACGGCACUGCCCAGCACCAGCACCACGUCACCUUUUCUCCCACUGUGGGGGAAAUCGCACCCCCCGCAGGCCAAAAUGACGACGCAGCGCCCGGAGAGGCCGAGAACGCCAACAGGGUCAGCGUGAAGUUCGUCCAGGACAGUUCGAGGUUCUGGUACAAGCCGGGCAUCUCCAGAGAGCAAGCGAUUGCAGCUCUGAAGGAGCGAGAUCCGGGAACCUUCCUGAUCAGAGACAGCAACUCUUUCCAGGGAGCCUACGGCCUCGCCCUGAAGGUCCUCACGCCUCCUCCCAACGUCAACAACCACAGCAGCAAAGUGAGUGACCCAAUGGAGCAGCUGGUCAGACACUUCCUCAUAGAAACGGGGCCUCGGGGAGUCAAGAUUAAAGGAUGUCAGAAUGAGCCCUACUUUGGGAGUCUGUCUGCACUGGUCUACCAACACUCCAUCACACCCAUCUCUCUGCCCUGCGCGCUUAAAAUCCCAGAAAAAGAUCUGGUCGGGGAGGUGCAGGAGGUUCAACCCGUGAGUAACAUCAGUACAGCUGCUGACCUCCUGAAACAAGGAGCAGCCUGUAACGUCCUCUACCUGAACUCUGUGGAGACGGAGUCGCUGACCGGCCCUCAGGCCAUCGCCAAGGCGACGGACGCCACGUUGGGUCGCAGCCCCCGUCCUUCGGCCACCGUGGUCCAGUUCAAGGUGACGUCGCAGGGCAUCACCCUGACGGACAGCCAGCGCAGAGUUUUCUUCCGGAGACAUUACCCGGUGAACAGCGUGACCUUCAGUAGCAUGGACCCUAAGGACAGGAGGUGGACUAACUCAGACAACACGACCGUUAAGGUGUUCGGGUUCGUGGCCAAGAAGCCGGGCAGCACGGCCGAGAACGUGUGCCACCUCUUCGCCGAGCUGGACCCCGACCAGCCGGCCUCCGCCAUCGUCAACUUCAUCAACAAGGUCAUGCUGUCGCCUCGGCGAUAGAGGGGACGCCGGAGUCUCGAGUCACGCCCCUCACGUCCCCCGGCACUAAAAACGUCGUCCGUCAAUCGUUGCUCUUUUGUAAAUAUUCCGACUCCUCCGGGGAUGAGGAGGCUUCAGAGGGAAACGGGCGAGCAUCCGUCAGGGGCCGGUUCAAGGAGGCGAGACCGACUGGCCUCAGUCAGACACGUCGCCGUGGUAACCCUGACUGCAUUUAUCGUUCUGCAGAGCAGGGUCCCCGUCAAACUUUAAUUAAAACACAGGGGUCUUAGAAAAGAGAAAUCACUAAUCACAGUUAGGCGUCGUUUUAGAUUUGGAGACAUGAAAUAUUUAAACUGCUCCGUGUUAGUUCUUCAUCACUUAAGCAGGUAAAAGAUAACGGAGCAGAUUUAAAGUGACAUCGGCUGCAAAACGGCCGUCAUUUAAUGAAUGAGGGUCUAAUCUGGUCCGUGAAAUUUCAAAACAAGACUGCAAUUUUUCAAUAAAAAUAACUUCUUGUCCUAAUUUGUUCCUACUGUUUUAGAAAGAGAACACGUCACCAGCUGCUUCUCCAUUAGUUUUUUUGCAAAACAAAAGUGUUAUUUCUGAAAUUGCACUUCCAUUGAAAGGUGUGUAGUGAAUCGUGAAAUCUAGUCUUGUGAUAUCUCAUAAUUCUCUGACUUUCUCGUCACUUUGAGGAAGAUUGGCUUCAAAUGAACUGGUCACAUGACCCCCCUGUGUCAUCUUUGGUGACGGGAAAAAAAGUGUUUCCAUUGCACUUUUGUAUCGAUACGUCUGGAAAAACCACGACAUGAGAGCGUGAAAGUGUUUUUGAGCUUUAGAUCUUUAUAUCUGAGAGGUUUUUCCAAAUGUAACCGUUUCCUUUACCAGUUAUUUAUUGCGAUAUUUAGGUUUUGCGCAUUUCUAUUUCAAAUAAGACCCAAUGAGACUACACAUGCCCGAAUUUAAAACACUUUUUUGAAGAAAUUUAAAGGACAGUUUAUUGGAAACUUGUUCCUAAUUUACUUCUUUGCACUAAAACAAGUGGAAACAUUCUGGAGUUGUUGUUUCUUAAAGCUCCUUAUUCUGUUAUGUUGAGAUCAAAGUGAACUAAAUAAGAACAGGUUCCAGCUUGUUUCUUUUUUUAAAUCUUUCUGUGGAGGAAUGUCGACCUGUAGAUUUCAUCAUUUCAUCAGAUCAUGUCCCCACAUUUGAGGUCAGAGACAGAGAAGCAGCUGAUUGAUCACCUGAUCUCAUGUUAACUCUAUCUAAAUGCUGCUUUUAGUCCUGGACUAACGGCUUCAUGACGCUCACUGAGGCCGGACUCGCUCCCUGACUCAGGCCCCUGCUCAGAUCCAGCUUCAAGGCAGAAACACAACUGUUUAUAUUUUGUACGUCUAUAGAAUCUUAUUUUCUUAAAAGUAACCAAAGCCCUGACGACGACGAUGAUGAUGAUGUAAUUUACUUCCUGUAUCCCGAGGUGUUCAUGUAUCGUGACGUAUGUACAGCACAUUUACAGCCUUCGACACUUUGAAUCAUAACCGACAAUCGUGUUGCUUUUUCUUUUUCUUUUUCUUCACACACUUUUAAACCGAGCGAGAGCGACGUAACGAAAGGAAACAGGAAUGUCAGGUUUAUUUUAACCUUUAAACGAAUGUGUGUGCGUAUGUGUGUGCGUAUGUGUGUGUGUGUAGAGGGUGUUUAGGUUGAGGGGGGGGGGGGAUUAAAACAAAAAUAAAAAGAAGUUUUCGUCACGUCCGUUUUGUAAAAGAUUGGCAGGUGAAACGGGGACAAGUUGGAUGAGAAGGACGUACAGCAGCACGCAGGCGGUAACCAAAGACCAAGCACUCGCUAUUAAUAAGCUUCUUAUCGGCUCUAUUUUUGUACUUAUUGCUUUUUUUUUUUUUACUAUGCAUUCAUCUAUUGUGUGGCCAUGUUCGGUAGAAAGAAAAGAGAAAAAAAAAAAGACACUACUUGUAUUGCAGCGAUAAUAUAUUGUGGUCUGUUUCCUGGUUGAUCUCUAUAUUAUGUAGUAAUAUAUUUUCACAUGCAGCUAUAGGACAACGUAUGAGACAUGUCUGUAAAAGGAUAUUAUGCUAUUUUGUAUGCAAAAAAAAAAACAAAAAACUACAUGAAGAAUUAAACUGAAAUGAUGUGGUACAUGAA